AUGGACGUAGACGACAUGUGGUUUCAGCAGGAUGGCGCUGAAUACNGCGGAUUUUGGGCCGGCGGUAUCAUUGGUCCGUACUUUUUUGAAAAUGACGUUGGUGAGGCCAUCACCGUCAAUGGUGAGCGAUACAGAACGAUGAUAACCGAUUUUGUUUUUCCCAAAAUGAACGGUAUGGACGUAGACGACAUGUGGUUUCAGCAGUAUGGCGCUAUGUGCCAUACAUCCAACGCCACGAUAGCCAUUCUGAACGGCAAAUUUGAGGGUAUGGUUAUCUCUCGCCGAGGAGACGUGAAUUGGCCACCAAGAUCGUGUGAUUUGACCCCAUUAGACUUUUUCUUGUGGGGUUCCUGA